CAGCUCGAGCGGAAAGUCAAAUGCACCAUAAGGAUUCCAACAGACACAGUUUAGUGUGUACCUCGCUAUAUGAAAAACAGUUAUAGUUUCUCUACCAUACUUUCCUCGCCAUAGAAACUUUUCUCAAGGACGUUUUUGUACGAGGUCUGCUAUCUGUUAAAUACUGCUCCGUAGACAGGUUCGCUGUCAAAACACUGCCAGAUUCUUAUCCAGUCUAAAAUCCCGUGGUGCAGGAAUACCUAUAUAUUCAACUAUAUAAACGGCAAAAAAUCAAAAGAUGAAAAACGAUGUGGGUGUUGUUCCUUUAUUUAAAGUGAAUUUUGGAUAAUUUGACGAACAGGUUGGAGUUUCGGAAAAAUCCAAGUGCAUUUUAAACAUAUGAUGGUAUGUAUGACAUGUUUCCAUCAGAUCGGUUGCAUCUGAAAAACAACAAAACCAAGUUGGAUACACCAUUCGUUGCUGGUUUUGUAAAAAGAACUUCCAUAUAUUGAAAGAGCAUUUUUUCGGAAGGAGUGGAUUACACUGAUAUGGAAUAACGUAUUUCGGUGGAAUGUUACGACUUGUGAUAAUUAAUUAACAAGGUGUUGAUUUCACGUAGAACUGUUAAUUACACAGUGAUUCUAUUCCGUUGAUAAGUGAUAUACUAAUGUUAGCCCAAUUACUGGAGCCGCCGACCCGCGGGGGAUAGGCGGAAUCACAAAAUGAUUGCAUACUGCGCGUCAUAACAGCUUCGCGCGUGUUUACACCGAGUUACUCAGAACACGGGUACCAAAAAUAGACAGAAGGAAAGCGCAGAGGAGCCGUCGUGUGAGAGAGGGGGUCUUUCCCUACAGACUAGGUUUACCGGGGGGACUUAAGACCUUUUUACCAGUAGGGGCCGGGGCACGCCCAAAAUGGAGCGACAUCAAACAUAAGUUACAAAGAUGCCCUAGUCAAGAGUGAGUGGCCUUGAGGCCAUCACUAUGGUAACGUCGGCCUGAGGUCGGAGCGGAUGAGCGAGAGUCACGGAGAAUCAAGCCAUUCCCGCGCUUCCGAAUCGCCCGCACUUAACCCAGCCUCAAGCGACCUUACUCCAACAAAUAAUGCCAAGGAUAAAUUCAGUGAAAUCCAGUUUUGCAGCUCAGCCGCUAUCUUCAGUCCUCAAAUUGAAAAAGUUCACCGCAAUGAAACCAACCUGCCCGAGCAACUUGCCACACCUCUCACGCUCGUAACGCUUCCAGAGGAUCAGCUAAUUUCCCUACGCGCGCCUGGUCGUACGCCAAACACUUCAAUUCCGCUCAAACCUGUUGAGGAAAGCAACAUGGGAAACCUAUUUGGAAGCAAUAAAAAGAAGAAGAAAAACACACAAAAAGGAGAUGAUGAAGAGAUAUGGAAAAAGAUGGGCACAAAUGAUUCUACUACCUCAUCGCCCCGUGCUAUAAAUAAAAAAAGCAAGAAAAAGAAGGAUGCGAAAUCUAAACGAGUUCAAACACCCUCACCGCCGAGAGGUGGGGAUGGAUCUCUUAAAGGGAAGGACCCCAAACGAUAUGCAAUGUACGAACCGCAGCCCAACCCGAAGGAUCCUCAGACACAUACCGUCAGGUCACGUACUUUGCCGGCACGAGUCGAUCCUUCGGAAUUUCGUAAAAGUAUCGGCGACCCAAUGGACUUCCGAAUGGCAGACGAUGUGUCUUCCGCCGGAAGUCCAGGACACGCAACUCCGGAAACUGCAACACCGCCCGUUCAAAAGUCACCUGUUCCCAUAUACAAGAAAAUCCACGUCAACCGCGACAAAAAGUCGAACGACAGUAGCUUGCCUAAUACGCCGAGAGUAAAUCACAAAGAUAUCACUGCGCAAUCAGUAGAUUCAAAGACUGAUAAAAUCGCAGAAAUUAAAAAAGCACAUCCUGUGCCUACUCCAGGAACUGGAAGUCCAAGACCGAGGGGAUAUAUCUUGCCAUCCCCGCCAAGCCGACCGAAAUUUUAUUCAACAGAACCUGGAUCAGCAAGUCCAAAAUUACUGAGAGUGAAACAGCAAAUGCCGUUGACGUUGAACACGAGUUGUGGUGAUUCUAGCUACUCCACCAAUGAAAAGUUAGCAUCAGUACGUGCCAAUUCAAACAAAGGAAACACACAUCGUUCAGAUCAAGUAAAGAUUAGCAAACCAAAUGAUGUGCCUGGUACUCUUUUAGCGUGUACAGUGAGGCCUGGUCAAGCUGGUUCACAGCUCGACCAUCAACGCCAGGUAGAUGCCUCAGAUAUUGCUAUGCAAAAGGAAAAUGAAGAAAAUGAACGUAACUUGAAACGGGAAGAACGUCGCAAAAUGGCGGCAGUGACAGACUUGAAAAGUGUGCCAAAGCUCGAGGAAUGUCAAAAGAUCCAAGAAACUGUAGUUGAAGCAGUGGAAUCUCGUAUCACUGAGUCAGAAAAACACGAAGUUACGUCCGGGCCUAAAGUAGCUAUUCUUUCGACUAUUCCUCCUCCCGAGAAAGCUGUUCUGUCACUUGUUCCUCCCCCAAGUCCAUCUGCUAUGGACGCAUUGUGUGAGGAAAAUGAGGAUGAUACAGAUGAUGAUAAAAUUGAUGACAACGAUGAUGAUGAUAAUCAUGUGAAAUAUAGGAGAAGCAAGGAGGUCGAAGAAUUUGGUGGCAUUGUUUGUCAGCGUUUGUCUCAAUUGCUAGAAAGCCAAGAUGAUGGGACACUAAAAUUACAGUUUAUUGAGUCAAGUGGUCCUUCGUCUUCAUUAUCACCAGCUAGCCCAUGUAUGAUCAUGAGUGGUGGAAGUGACAUAGACAAGGAACGAAUGGAAGAUGCAGGCCUUGGAUACUCAAGUAUGUCUCCACCAGUGGAGACAGAAAAUGUCUAUAAAGAGAAGUUAAUUCCGAGAAAAGUGUUGUGUGUCGAGAUGACAAAACCGUCUUCGACUUUCUCUCAAAGACUGGAACGAUCCUCCAUUUCCACCCGGUCAACUCAGGGAAGCAACUCAGCAUCGGACCUGGACGGGAGGGUCAGUUACAAUGACUCAAAACCAUCAAGGUCACGUGAGUUUAUUAGAGACCGCCGUGAAAAUGAAAGUGACAUUAGUUCGUCGGGAGAGGAAAGUUCCUACACCAGUGAUUCGGAAUACUCAUCUCGCAGCUACGAUGAUGAGAAGCAUGAUCACGUGACUAGUUACAGAGAAAACGAAUAUUCAAUACCUUGGGAUUUACAGAGAUUUCCGCGCAGCGCCAGUUAUACGUCCGAUGGUGUUGAUAUAUCGGACAGUGAUAUUUUUUGUGAAAGUGAAGUUAGAAGCAGACGUGAUCGUGAUCACAUUGUGCAUGUCCAGAGAAGUUCUGGGCAUUGUCGUGAAAGGAGUGAACAAGACAUGUUAUAUCGUGAUGACGUGUCUGACAGAAGGUGGGAUGAGCAUUCACAUGACAAAUACAAAAAAGAUACACGUUUAAACAGAAGUCGACAGGUCUCUGUCGAGGAGCUUCGUAUAGAGCCAACUAGUGUUAAAAGACAGCUAUUUGAACUUCCUCUGCAUUUAUGUGAAAAUAAAAUCACAAACGAAAUAGUGGAGGCCGAAAUAAAACCGUCAUUCGUCACUUCUAGUGAAAAGACAUCGUCUAAUAUUCCAAAACGAGGUUCAGAAAUGAUGAGUGACGUCAUAGAUGCAUACACAUCCGAUGAGAUUGGCGUUCCGAAACGAAAUGCACCCAUGGUACCCCCUAAACGUCAAUCAAUGUUGAAUGAAGAAAUAUGUAUAGAACCGCCGUCAAAUCCGUCGGCACUUGACAAAUCGCUAAAGAAAAUUUUUAAUCAAGAGGAAGAAAUAGAGGAACGAUACCCGGAGUUAGCUCCCUUACAUUCCCUCAUAUUAGGAGUGGAAGAGGGAGGCGCUCCCUCAAUGGAACCAUUUUUUGAAUUUCGACCUGGUCAGCUCCCGACUUUCACCCGCGUGCCGUUCGGAUCCCGGAGAUCACUGGCUUAUUCCGAAUCUGAUCUGGACAUGUCUGAGCAGCGAGAUGACGUCAGCUCUGACAAUAUGGACGCGGAUGACGAGGACGAUGAAGAGGGAGGAAUCGUGAUGCUCAACAGGAGAGAAGUGGAGGACGGAAAGGUGUUGUACGGAAGGACAUACACAGAUUUUAACAACCGUGUGGAGGUCAAAAGAUCAAGAGUCAUGUUAGAGUCAGAGACCAGUGAUGGAGAAGAUUCCGUUUUUAUAUGAGAAGGCGAUCAAAGAAAACGACUACACUUAUCCUUUAUGUAUUAUUCUCGCCCACAUGAGUCCUGUGAAUGAUGGAGCCACCCUGGGAGAACUGUUACGUAUAGAGAUGCGUCUACUCAAAUAUCAAAGUGUCUGUGAGGCCCAAUAUAGGGUAUUUAUAAUUUUACAAUAAAGAUGGUCGCGGAUAGCUUCGUUGAGAGGGUCCUCACAGGUUAUUAUUAUGUAGUUAUUUAAGUCGACGCGUCCGGUGCUAUUUCCAACUACAUAACUGUUUAAAAAUAACUUAGCAUAUAUAUGAUACCUGAACUAUUUUCCAGUGUGCGGAUUAUAUAUAACAUUUCAUAUUUUAGAUUUUAUCGGUAUACAUUAUGCAUCACAUUACAGACACUGUAACUAUCUACCUAUAUUACCAUAUGAUGUAGAUAGCGAGUAUGGUUAUCUUAUCGUUAUUGGUGUGUACGUGGAUUUUCUAACAUUACCUAUAUCGAACAUAACCCACGCUGCAUUGUUUGCCUCAUCUGAAAAUCCAUUUCAUAUUUACAUUGUUUUUUCACUCUAAAAUCGUAACUGGAGCAGUGUUGAUAGUUUUAUCGUAAAGGCCUGCCCUAGCUAAAACCCUGCACAUUUAUCAUUUGUAUUCCUUUAGCUGUAUCCAUGGAAACAAGAAAAAGCAUUUGAAAUAGAUAAGUUAAUAUCCCGUUUAGUUUGAUAUUAUACACAACAGCGGCAAUAGAACUUGCUGCAGCAUAAUGACCCGAGCAGAAAGAGAGGCCGACUUCUAUGUGUUGGUCUACACUUAACCAAGACAAAACCCCAAACUCCGUCGUUGAUAAGACGUACAUGUACAGUAUAUCUUUUUAUCAUAUGGCUUGUUCUUAAAAGCAUAGCAUCAUAUUGCGACGCAGAACGCUAAAUAGAUAAUCGAUGGAAUGGGGUUCAUUUUAAAUGUUUUUAAUAGACAUUUUUCUAAAUUGUAAUCCUUUCAAUUAAAAAAAAAAACUAUUUUAAAUAACUCAACGUGUACAAGUAAGAUAAGAUUUGUUUGGCUUUCAAUAGUUCACUUGAGGUCGGAAAUCGUAUAGAUGCUUGGUUUGUGAUAAGUAGAAUCACGACGGUAUCGCUAAGACAACUUUGGUGUGUAAAUUAUUCCAAAGUAGAUCUACUUACGACUUCCGUGGCCAAUAUGGCACUCGGUAAAUAAGAUAUAUGGUAGUGCUUGCGUUCGUGAGGUCUUCAUCUUGUAUAUAUAGUAAUGCAAGAAAUCGAAAUCGGUGAUAUCAUUUUUAUUGAGAAUUGGUUGGAAUUAUCACGAGCAGGCACAGAGGAGUUGUGCACCAAGUACGUGUAGGAGUUACCUCCCUUCCUCUCGUUCUAAAAUCGAAUCUGUCUUCCAUCUCCGCGCGUGUCUUCAUUGAUUAUCCAACCUUCCCACGCAAGUAGUAAAAAUCCGUUAAAUCUUUUAUUAGUCGCGGAUCAAGGUUUAUUUUCUUUUGAUAUGGCGACAUCUUUACAAUUCCGACUUAACAGUUGUCAGUAUAUCAGAUCAUGUGUACUCCUACAUUACAAAUAAAUACAAUAUACAAAUAUCAACAUCAGUCAAUCUUGGACGACCUCUCCUGCGCGGCGUGUUCGUUUCAUGAAAUAAAUAUGCAUUCGACAGUGUACUGUAAAAUGUAUUAUUGUAUGUUUAAUGGUCACAAACCGUCCGAUUCUUAUAUAAAACUCCAACAAUUCUAACUAUGCCGUCCAGAUAAUGGAGGACCCAACUGGUUGAUAACAGAUUGUGUGUCCUGAUAUCCUUAAGUUAAUAAAUUUGUAAUAUAUGUUUGAAAUGUAUACAUCGUGUGUGUGAAAUAUUGCUAUAAUUGUUAAUAUUAUGAUUAAACUGAAAAAUCACCAAUAAAGAAAAACAAUUUUACAUAUA